AUGCAAAGAGAAUAAGCAGUUUAAAUUGCAGGAUAGUUAUAUGAUUAUUAUACAAAAAAAGGAAGUUUAGAUAGUAAGUGUGACUUAUAUUUAAUAUAGUUUAAUCUAUGAUGAUCAAUAAUUAUAAAAUGAUGGGGAAAUAAUGUUAGAUUUAAUAAGAAGAUGUAGAAGAAUACAAGUAAAUAAUAGGAAAUGGUUAAAAAAAAGAUUUUGAAUAAUUAUGCAUAAGAUAUUUUUGUAAUACUAUUCCCAUAGUGAGUUUACAAAAGAAACCAAAAUACUCAAAAUUAGCUAGUGCAAAAUUAGAAAUAGCAAGAAAAAUAUUCCGUAAAUUUGAUUCAGAUAAUUCUGGUUCAAUAACUUCAGAUGAAGUUCGAGGAUUAUUAAUAGAGACAUAUAAGUAGGCUGGUGUAAAGAAUUAUGAACCAACAGAUUAAGAUUUGAAAGAAUGGAUGAAUAUGACAGAUACAAAUGGAGACGGACUUAUAAGUUUAGAAGAAUUUGAAGAUUUAGUAAUUCGAAGCUUAUAAAGUUCUGGAAUAGAAAUAUAUUAGAAAUGA